GGGGAAGCAUAUUUUGGACGGACUCGGCUGUUGCUUACAUCUUCCAGGAUUGAAACUGGUCUGCAGGUGGAGGGAUGAGUCUCUCCCCUGUGAUUGGCACAGAAGUGCCAGAAACAGCCAAUGGGGUUGUGACACCUGUUGCUCUGGAAAACAGUCCUCAUGUUCCUGUCUCUGUGAAAUGUGAGGGGAGCAGAUUACCUGGUCCUGGGGAGGAGACAGUGGACAGGUCCCUCGGACACACGGAGAAUCAUGUUGACGGAGAAAACAGAGUGGACGAUGGCAAAAACCACUUGUACACAGAGAUGGAUGUUAAUUUUAGAAUAUCUAGUUUAUCAUUACAAGCCGAACUGCCCAUCACUACUGUGACAAACACUGGAGAUUCAGAAUCCAAAGACACAGACAUUUCCGAGGCCUCUAAGACUCUGGAUCCCCCUGAUGGAGUUCUUCUGUGGGACUCGGCACAGUGUGGACAGUCCAAAGACUCAUCACAGUUUAGAAAUAAUGCCACUGCAGACAGACAGCUGACAGAAGCACACAGAGGCACAGACAGCCGGGAGGACGAGGAAGAUGGCGAGAAGGAAAAACAAGAUGAAGAGGAUGAUGAGAAGAAUGAGAACAAGUGGAGGAAUCAGCAUGCGGGAAGGAGAGCAAAGGCAGAGUCUUCCCGACACUACUCCUCCUCAGCCCCUGGUCCGAGUACCUCCUCCUCUUCCUCUCCUCCACCUCCUCUUCUUCCCUCAGACGACACCCCCUGCCCCCCUCACAUUAUGGCCCAGGUCUGGGUCCGCAACGUCCGGGGGAUGCAAGACAGCAAGAGCCUGGACGAAAUCAGCCAAGCGUGUGGAGGUGGUUUAGGGGCACGAGGAGGAGGAAGAAGUGGCCAGUCAGAGGGCCGACGGGCCACCAUCUCGUCUGCACUGGAACUAGAAGGAACAGUCAGCCAUGAAGGAGACCUGACUAAUUUUAUCACCAAGAACCUGGAGCAGAAGAUCAAAAUGAGCUCCAAGCCCAGUUUGGACUGCAGUGACUCGGACUGUUCAGGUCCCAUCUACCGAAGCCGGGGGUUGUCACGGAGACCGGCAGACAUCCCACCCAUUGAUCCUACUGUCCUAUUGGACCUCCAGAGACACACCCAGGAAGUGGCGCACAGCGUGGAGAUGAUGAUGCGAAGCCUCAAUGGAACCAUCCAGAAUAUGACGGCUCUCAGUGUGGGAUACAUUCAGACCUACAGAGACUCUGUUGACAGCCUGGGAGAGUCUGUAGACAUGAGUAUAAAGGGCAUGUACACGCUGAUGGCUCGCUGUGAGGAGUUGGAUCGCUCCAUGCAGCCCAUUCACACCCUGGCGGCACAAAUCCGCGACAUCAAACGCACCCUGGACGCUCUGGAGGCCAUCUGCAAGUAACCCCCACCCCCGCAAAAAAAACGUCCCGGCUGCAAAAAUCUGACGUCGAGCACAUCCCAAGCGAGGAUGUCAGCAAGCAACUCCAUCCGUCACCAGGUAGCACACACACACUCUGCAGCAAAGACUCGGUGCACCUCUGGAGUCCCAGAAACCAUUGCUACUAGGCAUGCUGGAUGAUUGGCGCUCAUAGUUCCUCUAUUCAUCGUUUGAAGACGACCACGUUUGUGUUGUGAGACCUCAAAUGAAUCAUGCUUAAUUCGCUCUCGGGCUGAGUUUUUUCUUCGCUUUUUCAAAGCAUUUCCUCUAAUCAAGUUGUCAAGAAACAUAAUCUCAUGAAAUUAACCUCGUUUUGGAGUCACUUUUGCCCUGCACACAAACUGAGAAGAUGACGGGAUGGAUACCCUCGUUUUUCCACGUUCACCGUCGAAGGAGUUUGUUAUUACUCGUCCAGCCUGCUGGGUUCAGAUUGCACUAACCUCUCCUGCCCACAUGGGGGUGAUGUUUCUGUCUCUGUCUCUGGAGGGGCAAGAUAAACUGCUGAGAAGACAGUGACUUUUGCACAGGAACAGAAAGUCUAUUUUUUAAUCUUAUGCAACAGAUUGUUUCACUGCAGGCUAAAUUAGGGGAGAGGAGCAUCACGUGUGUCUGUGUGUCUUUUUUUAUAUGUUUAUUUAUUCAGUUUUCUCAGCAUGCGAUACUUGUUGAAAAACACUGUCUCUGUGUUACUGGGAACCGGCACAGUCAGUGAAGGGUACUAUGUAAUGAGCUCAGUCAGUACUGAAACUGUUUCACUCAGAUUCUCUCACGUUGUCCAUCAAUUUAAAUGAAGCUGUCAAGCUUUAAAUCACAGGUUUUCUUUUUUUUUAAUAUAAACCAGCCAUGACGUUUGAGCUGAAACCUCACUUUAAUCUGCUGAGUCAGUCCAACCCAGGAAGAGAAAAUAACUGGAAAAAUAUCUCAUGUAGCAUUCACAGAAUAAAUAGUACGAUACUGAGAAGCUUCAGGAUGACAUCAGUCAGACUGGAUAUAGACCCUGAUCUCCUGAGAAAAUACAAAGUCCCAGAAUCCAGAAUCCAUUUGAAUUCUGAUGAUUGAGUUGCAUCAGAGUUUAUUAUGGGAACAAAAACUCCUCUGCUUCCUCGAGCUGCACGCUGAAAGCUAAAUUGUAACCACAUUCCCUGGUUGUAUGACUUCAAAGCGUGUUUUUAGAUGGGACUAAAAAUCUGCAAAGCGUUUCAUCUGUGCUGCUAAAAAACACAUCAGCCUGAUAGCAUUAGCUACCCAGCCGGGACUGAGUGAAUAAGGUAAAAUCCAAACACAGUUCACUCGACUUACAGGCCUCCGUAUCUUGUAGUGAGAAAUAACAUCUUCAGGAAACACUGACUAAGGUCUCAGAUCAGUUGUUUCAGUGUAUCCUGGUCAUGGCUGCAGUGAACGUGGCUAUUUUGCUUCGAAAUAAGUCACUUUAAUAAUUUAAUUACCUUAAAAUAACAUUAUUGUGCACGCUGUGAUAACACACACGUCAAACUGAGAAAUGACAAAGAUUAUCGAAUUUAAAGAAUCGAUAAGGGAUUACUUAAGUGAAGAUUGUUGUCGAAGAAAAAUGAUGAAAACUCUUCACGGAAGGCAGAUGAAUUUAUCCAUCCAGACGGUUUUUAAUUCAUUAAGUGGAUUGUGGUGGUUCAGUUUAAGUUCUGCCACUUUUUAAGAAAUAAUUUAUGCAAUAGAAGCGCUUAGUUUCAAAGCAUGUUUUGAAUCCAUUAAGCCACUCUUGAAGCACCGUUAUCGACUCUUUGCAAGCUGAGGGUUGAACUAAACAUUAUGAAGGAAUUAGUUUGUGGAUGUAGCAACUGGUUUUUUUUCUUGUGGAAUUAGGUGAUUUCUUCAAAUUCCUCACUGAAUGCAUUUUUGGAAAACAAAAUCCUUAAACUCACAUUCAAAUCAAUGAAGGUUUCAGGACACAAUCUUUGGAUGUGAACUAAAGUGAGUAUUGGUUGAUGUACUUAAUUAUGAAUGAGAAUGGCUAUUACUUUACCAACCAUUAGUUCUCAUCAGUGUCAUUAAAUCAAGUAUAAAUCAUUAUACUUGAUUUAAUAAAGACACUGUGGUAUUGCAUUCGUAGUAGAUCAUGGUACGUGUACUCGAUUUCCACACAAAUGCUUGUACCUAUUACUUAUGGCGGCCAAUGUGUAAUUUGUUUUAUCUAAUCCAACAACUGAAGUAAUUUUUGGGAUAUUUGAUCUCCAAAACAUUGUGAGAGCAAUACUGCAAGCAAAGUAAGUACACGUUUUAAUUUUGGACAUGUAAUUGAUGCUUAAAUCUGAUAGUAAAUGUCAAAUUUAGAUGCAGCGUGACUCUUGACUGUCUCUAAAUGAAACUCUGUACUCUUUCAAGAUCACUGGCUUCACAAAAAAUAGGUUAUUCUGGCUGUUAGUGUAAAAUCUGUUGUUUGUCUUCUUGUCAGUUUCCUUAACUUGCUAGGAAAAGUCUAUGAAAAUUGUUGGGAGAAAAUUUAAACAGAAAUGGAAGCAUCAUUAAGAUCUAAAAGCUAUGAUAUAUAUAUACAAAUAUUUAUGAUCACCCUGAAUCCUUUGUCCACAGCUAAAAGGAUGUAAAUGCUCUUUUGUAGGUGAAUAAAAUGUCCCAAAAUUGGACAUUUGGAAGCCAUGGUAGGUGUUUUCAAAGUGAGAAAUGAUCCCUGAGAUGAGAGAUGAAGAGAAGAAAUGUCAUCUUCUUGUUCAUAAUAUAUAUAAAUGUAUGAUUGGUUCAUUUUCUGUUGUACAAUCAGAUGCACCUGUGUACAUACGAUCUCUUUCUGUAACUGAAAAUGAUUUAGAUACCCUUCGUCUUGAGUGUAUAUUUUAUUGAAAAAUAACAAAUAAAUUUACAUGAGCUGCAAAAAUACAAA